AAGAGUCCGAGAGAAAGAGAGAGAGAGUACUUGCAGCGAUCGAUGGGUGUAAUCUAAUUCUCAGAGAAGAGCGCGAGAAAUAUUUGGAGAGAGAGAGAGAGAGAGAGAGAGAGAGAGAGAGAAAAUAAAAGAGGAAAUGCUGAGAGCGAGACAGAGAGAGAGACGAAGUUCGGAAGCGAAAUCGAACAAAGACUAAUCGAAGGAAACUUGCGAGGAUUCGACCGAAGUCUUUGUAGACGUGUUUCUGAAUCUUAAAUUUUUCUCGGUCUCAGAGAGCUCGAAAAGUUUGCGGCUGGCAAGAAAACAGGGUUCUUAAAGCGAGGCUUUGGUAAUUAAAAGUUAGGGUUUUAAUUUCUACGGAUCGGAAUUUUAAGUUUUGAUUGCAGGGUUUUGGAGGGAUUGAGUAAAAUCUGUGUUCAGUGAGAUCUCUACUUGCGGGCUCUAUUUUCCGUUUCCUAGGGUUCACGUUUUUGAAGAUGAGAUUGGUUUCUACAUUGUCUAUCAGGCGUGUGGAGAAUUUCGGGGAUGGUACAGGUGUACGCAGGAACCGGUAUUGGAAACGCAGCAAACCCUAAUUCGUUUGGAAAAGGACUUGGCUUUCUGGGUUUUGUAUUUGGACAGGAAGAUUGAUGAUUUAGGCGUUGUUUAUGGACUCUAUGUAUUGAGAAAUGCAACCUUCACAGCAGCACUCUCGGAUCAAUCUUGCUGAUUUGAAGGCUCAGAUAGUGAAGAAGCUUGGGCCCGAGAGAUCAAGGCGGUACUUUUAUAAUUUGAAUGGACUAUUGAGCCAGAAGUUAAGCAAGAUUGAGUUUGAUAAGUUGUGUUACCGGAUUCUUGGAAGAGAGAAUCUCCCUUUGCACAAUCAAUUGAUCCGUUCAAUUCUGAAGAAUGCUUGUAUUGCAAAGGUUCCACCACCAGUCCAUGGGAAGGAAGUUCAGAAAUCCAGAAGAGCAACAGGAAAGAAACCUCCUUCAAGAGAAGAUUUGCAUGAGCAAGGUGGGCCGUCUCCAAUUCCAACUCAGCCUUCAACUCCAACUCCAAAAAUUUGGGCAAAUGGGGGUGUUGUGCCAACAUCUCCUCCAAAGAUCCGGUCUGGGAUUCAUGACCGGAAACUCAAAGAUCUCCGUAGUCCUCUUGGACCAAAUGGGAAGAUAGACUUUGCUUCCCAACAGUUGAUCAAUGCAGAUGAUAAUAGUAAUAAAGUUAUUACAGAAAAUGGGGAUUUCAAUCUGUGUGAUUUGUGGAGACCAGUGCAAAAUCAUCAGGGUCUUGCUGAGCAACCUCAGAAUGAGCUGGAGGUUUCUCUUCAGCACCCUCCAAAAAGAUCACGAAUAAACAGAUCACCGGAUGAUCUGGUUUCUGUACAUAGCAAGGGCCAGAGCCAGAUUGAUGUGGUUGUCGUCGAAGAUGGGGAAGAGGUGGAGCAGGCUAACAACUCCAACUCUACUAGAAGUCCACUCCAGGCUCCCCUUGGGAUUCCAUUUUGCUCAGCUAGUGUAGGUGGGGCACACAGGGCUAUGCCAGUGCCUAGCAGUAGCUUUCCUACUUUUGACAGUGGUGAAUUGUUUGAUACAGAGAUACUGAGGAAACACAUGGAGCAGAUUGCAGGAGCACAGGGCCUUGAAGGGGUCUCUACAGAUUGUGCUAACUUGUUAAAUAACGGGCUGGAUGCAUACUUGAAGCGGUUGAUAAAGUCUUGCAUUGAGCUCGUUGGGGCAAGAUCUGGAUAUGAGCCAACAGUGCAUCCUGUCCAGAAGCAGCAUCACCAUGGUAAACUCAUUAAUGGUGUUUUGCGAGGUCAUAAUCCACAAAUGCAAUAUAGCAGUGGAUCCAUAGAAGGCAUGCAAGAACAGAGAACACGGUUUCCGAUAUCUCUGCUUGAUUUCAAGGUUGCAAUGGAGCUAAACCCACAACAACUUGGAGAAGACUGGCCAUUGCUAAUGGAAAAAAUAUGUAUGCAUACAUAUGAGGAGUAAAACACCUGAAACAAAAAUUGGUCCCAACUGAUGGUUGGGUGGGCCCAUACUGAUUCCUGAGUCUUGAAGAUCAUGGAUGGACAUUUCCAAUGCAGUGAGUACCAUGUUGUGGCCAUGAUGGACGAGAUUACUCCCCCAGGAAAAAUCUUUAUUAAAAGAUUAAAUUGGAGCAGGGAACCUCUAUAUUCUCUUGCUGCAGGGCCUCACACAACCAGGAUUACAUUUAACAGCAAUCAUUCAAAAGGGAAUUCCAAGAAAAAGAUACCCGUGAUUGGUUGCACUGUUGUAUGUUUAGCAUUCAUGUUGGUUGUUUCCUGCCAUCACCGCAAAAUCUCAAGAUGUUCUGUAAUUUACAGCCAAUUAAGAGGAAGUUUAAGACCAAUUUUGCAGAAAUACUUUUGUGAUAGUGUGGUAAAAGGUAAAAUCACAUAAUGUAAUGAUGGCAGUGUUGCGGUGUAUGUAUUAUCAAAUCUGAGCAUUUAUUGAUUUCUCAAUAUUAUAGCAUGUUACCAACCC